GAGGAGUGCAGCAACACGGCGGAGAAAGAUGGCGGCCGGGAGCUGAGGAGACAGAGUCUGAAGGCAUCAUGAAGAGGCCCAGCCUACAGACGGGAUGAGCUGGGGUCAAGUCUCCCUCCGUGUCCUAAUUGCCCCCUUUGUUCUCCCCUCUACUCACUCUCCUUCCCACCUGCACCUUGUGAUCCAAGACGAGCAAGAAUGAGCUGGCUUAGUAAACUCAACCCUCGAGGCGCUGGCGCCAAGCCCGGCCGCAGUGCCAGCCUCCAACCCCUGGUGACCGCCGACCCGGAGACCUGCCUGAUGGUCUUCAAAAAUCACUGGUCGCAGGUGCUGAGGAUCCUGGAACGUCGCGGGUCUUCAGCAGACGUGACUACAGAUGAUAUGAGCAGUGUGCGGAACAACACCUACCAGAUGCUGAGCCUGUUAGCGGAAGAGCGGCCGCGAGAUGGAGAGGGACCGGGACCCAUCCUGGCCUACGUGGCAUCCGAGGGCAUUCUGGAGAGGCUCCUCCGCUGGCACUUGCAGAGGGGCUUCACUGAGGAGAAGAAGGUGGAACAGUUGAAGCUGUUUGAGAUGCUGAUCAGCCAGUCCCACCAACCGCUCUUACGCUACCAGCCUGUCCUGCGCCCUCUCGUUACCCUCCUUGGCACCUUCUCCCCUGGGCCUGCCUCUCCUGUGUUGGAAAACAACUUGGUGUUGCUGCUGAACCAGCUGUGCAUUUCCCUGGCCCGGGAGCCCUCCACCCUGGAGCUUUUCUUCCAAGAUUCCACCGGGCACGACGGACCAGCCAACCUCCUGAUCUUCUCCCUGCUGGUCCCCUUCAUCCACCACGAGGGCGUCAUUGGUCAGCAGGCACGGGAUGCUCUGCUCCUCAUCAUGGCCAUGUCUUCUGAUAACCCCACCAUGGCCCGAUACAUCACGGAGAACUCUUUCUUCUGUCCUAUCCUGGCGACGGGGCUGAGCGCUCUCUACUCAUCUCUUCCUCGUAAGAUUGAGGUGCGUGGCGAUGAUUGGCACUUCCUGCGCAGAGAAGACUGGAUCGGAGUGUCUUCUUUGGUCCUUUUCAUGAAUUCUCUGGAGUUCUGUAAUGCUGUCACUCAGGUUGCUCAUCCUUUCGUCCAGAACCAGUUGGUGGAAUACAUACAUAAUGGGUUCCUGGUACCAGUCAUGGGUCCGGCAUUGCACAAGACCUCCAUCGAAGAGAUGAUCGCCAGUACUGCCUACCUGGAGCUCUUUGUGCGCAGUAUCAGCGAGACGGCACUGCUGAAAACCUUCCUGCGAUUUAUCCUCCUCCAUCGCCACGACAACACCACCAUCCUGAACACGCUCAUAAGCCGCAUUGUCAGCAAUUCCCGGCUGUGUAUGGUGUCACUGACUCUGUUCCAGACGUUGCUCAACCUGAACUGUGAGGAUGUCUUGUUGCAGCUAAUGCUCAGGUAUCUGAUCCCAUGUAAUCACGUCAUGCUGAGUCAAAGAAGAGCCGUGAAGGACUUAGAUCUCUAUUCCAGGACAGCCGACAAAUUCCUCUCACUCAUCCCGCAAUGUUGCCGCAAAGAACGCCUGGUCUGCACGGAGAGAGAGGAGGAGCAUGCCACCUGGUCCAAAGCUCAUGGGAGCCCGAGCAUUGACAUGUCAUCCGUCAACACUGUGCCAAGACCCUCCACCCCCUCACGGAUGGGGUUCUUUAUGCGUCAGCCCCCUGACAGUCCCUCCCAGAGGUCCUCCAGCUUCUCUUCGCAGGACUCCACCUUCGGAAGUCCUCGGCAUGGUUCUUUGUCUUGGGAUGAAGUGGCCGAGUUGGAUUCCAAUUAUUUAGAAUAUCUACAAGAAGCCCGGGCUGGAAUAGACCGGUGUACUUGGGCCUGCCGGGUCUGGUCAGCUCCCUACGACGGGGAGGAACCCAGCCCUCGCAGCCUCUCCCCCUCUACUCCAGAAGAAGUCACGGUAUCGCCUGACUAUUUCUCCCCACCUGCCCCUUCCUCCAGAACCCAAGAGAGCAAAGAGCGGGAGGGACGGAGGCAUAGUGUCACCCCGAGGACUAAGAAAAGAAGCUUACAGGAGGAUGAAGGACAGGGUGUGGGAGGCCAGGGAGGGGUGGUAGAUGGAGGACUCACAGAAACAUCUCAUGAUGGUAAUCCAGGGCCUGUUCUUAUGAAUGGCUCCAUGGGAGAGGAACAGGGGUACUUGGGUGGCACACAGAGGGCAGCCGCACAUCCUGGGCGCUCUGAAGACGUGGAAGUGAAGAAAGUGAAACGUGAACCGGUGGAGCACAGCAGCCCCUCCAGAACGGAGGGAGGGGAACAGGUAAAGGGGACAGAGAAUGGACCAGAGGAGAAAGGUGGCCCUCACAGAGAUCCGCAGCACUGGGCGUCCUCCAAGUGGGAGACGGCAGAGUCUGUAGACAGCUUGAUAGACGAACUUCUAGGCCGUGCACCAGCGGAGACCAACGGGACUCAUCUGAGCAUUGAAAAGCUGGGAGAGGAGCUGAAGGAGAUGGAGGACAGCAUGCGAGGAGUGGUUGUACAAGAGGAGCCAGCAGAGAGACACAUGAGGAUUCCUUCCGAGGAGGACGAGGAUGGAGAUAUCAUCAGUAGAGAAAUUGAAAACACCAAGAGCAGAUCAGACUCGCUGACCCUCCUCCUCAGCAGCCCACUGAGAGCACAGAAUGGCAGUCAGCCUUAUACCGGGCCGUUCAUGGCCGUCCUGUUUGCCAAGCUGGAGAACAUGGUCACCAACUCUCUGUACGUGAACUUCCUGCUGACGGGGAUCAUCACUCAGCUGGCCUGUCACCCGCAGCCUCUGCUCCGCUCCUUCCUGCUCAAUACCAACAUGGUGUUCCAGCCCAGCGUCAAGUCUCUGGUGCAGGUACUCGGCUCUGUGAAGAAUAAGAUUGAAGCGUUUGCAGCCUCUCAGGAGGAUUUCCCCACACUACUCUUUAAAGCAAAGAAGUUUCUGAUUGCCCGAGGAAAACUGGACUGGAGUGAAGGGACAAACUCUGUCCCUGCCCUUCGCCGCUCUGACACUCUGGUGAAAAGCCGCAAGCCGUCCAUCGGGGAGCUGAUCUUGCGUCACACCAACAGCCCGACUCGAGCGAGGCAAGCCGCGCAAAUGGCGUUCCAGCACGUCCGGGACGGGCAGGUCCUGCACGCUCUGUCCGGCACAUCCAUAUUCAAGACGUCGGCGGAAAAGCAGAACGAGGCGCUGCGGGUCAAGAACGCAGUGUACUGCGCGGUUAUUUUCACCGAGUUCAUGAAGGAGCUGGCGGCCAUAACGCAGGAGCACGCCGUCACGUCGCCCUACCUUCCGGCGGACACCGAGGAGUGAACGAAAACCUUCCAACGAGACAUGAUUUUAGGCACACUCCACACGGUGCUUUGACCUGCAGUUG